UAUGCUGUUUUGUCCCUUAUUGUGUAUAGAUACUAUCGAUCUGCAAAGUAAAUCUACAUACUAUACUAUACAUCACCUCUUCUUUUGCUCAAUUAUCAAUCUCUCACCUCUGAUCUCCGAUAUAUCCAUGGAUGCAAAGCUUGUUCAACACUUGGAAACGCCAAGAAUUAUUGUUCAUCAUCAUCACAGGACCACAACCAAACGCCAUCUGCCAUUGGUUCGCGCUGUAGUAACAAAGCCAGCAGACAAUAAUAGUAAUACUAAAACAACGUUGUCGUCGUCGUGGUGUUCCAAGAAUGUUUACCAUGAUACCUGGUUUGAUCGGCUGGCCAUCAACCAUCUGUCCCAGUGCGUAAAAGCUGUAACAGGAGUUAGAAGUAGCAAGAGUGGGUAUGAUGGGUUGGUGGAAGUAACAAGAGCAGUUUUUCAUAACUUCGACUCAACCCAACAGCAGAGCCUUAUGAUCCAAGCUCUUCACAAAGCCAUACCAAACCCCAUUCUUAUGCUUAUGAGUAUGGUACUUCCACAAUCAAGAUUUGCCAGAGAAUAUUGUGCCGCCUUCACCACAAUUUUCUUUGCUUGGCUAGUAGGUCCCUGCCAGGUGAAGGAGGCAGAAUUUAAUGGAAGAAGAGAGAAGAACGUCGUCCACAUAGAGAAAUGCAGGUUCUUAGAGGAGACCAAUUGCGUUGGAAUGUGUACCAACCUAUGCAAGAUGCCAUCUCAAACAUUCAUCAAGAAUUCUAUGGGAAUGCCUGUCAAUAUGGUCCCUAAUUUUGAAAAUAUGAGCUGUGAGAUGAUAUUUGGGCAGGAUCCUCCCUCAACAUCUCAUGAUCCAGCAAUGAUGCAGCCAUGCUACAAAUUAUGUAACUCAAAGAAAAAGCACCACAAGAAUUGCAUCACCCAAUAACUUUCACAAUAUGGAACAUCAUAUCUUCAUCAGCUCACUCACAGAUUGAUGGAUGAUUCUUAGUUUAUUACUAUUAUUAAAAUUUUGGUGAGACUAAUGUAAAAGUGAACUAUUCUUUAGAUAGAUUCUGUACACAAAACGCACUCCAUAUAUAUAUACUACCACAAUUAUUAUUAUGUUGUUUUUACUUAAA